AUGAGCUUCGUAACUCCUCCUCGUCUUGAAUUUUGGGUCCUAUCUUGCACUCGACAGGUCCUUCACCGAGCGUAAUGACCAACAUGGCAUCUCUUACGACUUUUACGAGGGUUGUGGAGUGAAUGCAAUGUCAUUAUAUAUCACGAAUUACAACCUCCAGGACGAAAAGGCCCAUCGCCGUUCGACCCAGUUCAACACGGAGCAUAUCUAUAACAGCUCCUGUUGGUCACCCAUCUGGGCAAAUUGCAAACAUAUCAAAUCGCCGGCUGCACACGCGUUCAUCCAUAGCCGCAGGUGCCGAGAAGGAAGCUCCUCCGUCAUCCCAUCAAAUCCACCUGGGCAGGUAUUGUACAGCGGGACGGCGCAGAACUUGGCUGAAUCCUAUGUAUACGCUAUAGCUACCACCUACCUCCAGCUUCUCCCACAGCGACCAAUCAUCAAUUGUUGUGCAAAACUCGGUUGGAUUCGAGGUCUUUUCGCCUGGUGCAUACUUCGAUCAUAUUUGGCCUACGACAUCAUCACUCUUGUACAGCGCGCGCAGGAGCGUUACUGUCCUUUCAACAUCUACACUCCGGGCGGCCCUGAUUCCCUGCCUGCCUGCCUGCCUGCUCUAAUUUUGACCCUCUUUUCUCCCCACCUUUCUGUGACGUGGAGCAACUACGGACAACUUUAGAGAGCCUUGCGCAGCGCUACAGCACAAGUGCUACCACCACCGCCAUACGUCUGACGCAAUUGCCUUUCCACAGCAGCAGCCAUGGAUCCACAGGUACGAUAGAAUUCUUGCAUUGCAUUCACGAUAUCCUUCACAUUGGCCA